GCCAUAAUAAUGCAACAGCCGCCCCAUACAAAUAGGAGACCAGGUCGAUGACACAUCAAUCACAAUUUUGAAUUUAAAUUUCCUGAAAAAGAAAAAAAAAAUCCAGCAGGGGAUUUUCUAAAAGUAGAGUCAACUUCCUUUGUUGCGUAUAUAAGGUGUGUGAGAAUAUAUGAGAAAGUUGGAAUAUUGAGAAGAAAAAUUGCAUCAUCUAUACAAUAAAGAAUUUGGGUGCUGUUUAAAGUAAAUUAUUCAAGAUUGUUGGGGUUACAAUAAGAUUAAUUUCGGAUGGUAGUAAGAGAACAAGACUUGAGAUUAUUUUCUUGGAUAUUUGAUUAUUGGGCUUUUGACUGGACAAUAAAAUCAAGUUGGAAAAGAUGACAUCUUCAGCAGUGAAUUUGGUGAUGACUGUGAUUGGGUUUACAGUGAGUACCAUAUUCAUAGUAUUUGUGUGCACAAGGCUAAUUUGUGCAAGAAUUCAAUACCUGACACGGCGCUCUUCUAAUUCUGCACAUACUUCUAGAUCUGAUCUUAGCAUUGUGGAACGUGGUUUACAUGGCCUGGAGCCGCUUGCUGUUGCCAACUUUCCAACAAAGAAGUAUAGUGAUGCAUUUUUUACCUUUGCAGAAGAUACUCAAUGCACAGUUUGCCUUGCCGAAUAUCGGGAGGAAGAUACAUUACGUAUUUUGCCAUUAUGUGGGCACUAUUUCCAUGCCACGUGUAUUGACAUAUGGUUUCAGCAGCAAUCCACAUGCCCAGUUUGUCGAAUUUCCCUACGUGAGACUGUUGAGAAGAAGUGCUUUAUGCAACCCUUGUUUAGUUCAGCUGUCCGAUCUCACUAUGUGACGGACUCUCUGAAUGUCAAUUCAAACCAAUGCUCGUCAUCAGGGCAGAGGCUUUCUUCAAGAUUACACGAUGGCCAGAGAACAAACCACACUACAGAGAGUGCAUCAAAUGCAUAAGCCUUUAGGCCACAUGAGUAUAAAUGGCGAAAUUGGCAGAGAUUGAAAGGUAUUUACAAUGUUGUGGUAACAUUAAUCUAAUUAUCCACAUUUUGCUCAUGCGUUCUUUUAAGUAUAGCAAGCUGAUGUCUGUAUACAAAUAUACAAUGGACCUAAUGUGAUUCGGCCGUUUCCCGAACCCUACCUGUACAUAACAGGAGCUUAGUGCAUCGGACUGUCUUUUCUUAUAGCAAGGCGAUGCCUUUUUUUUGUCUGCCUUCUUUUGUAUGCUAUACAGCAGCUGGGGUGGAUAGCUUUUUUGUAAGUCAAGUCAGGGUAAACAUUUUUUUUCCUUUUUGUAAAUAGUUUUGGUUUAGGUGGUGAUAGUGCUGUAGAGCCAUUACUAUUCUGGCUAUACAUUGCAAGCUAAGAUACACUAUUACACACUAGCUUAUCAGUUAUGUAAUAUAAAUAGACAAGCUGAUAUGGAUGUAUUAUGAUUGUUUUGAUUCA